AUGAAGGAAGACUUUCGUCGUUUUUUGAUUGGGGAGGAGCAGAGGUUGAAGUUGAAGUCUAUUGAGAACAACAAAUCAAGGAUUGUCGUUGUUAAUACGAGCAAAGGCGACAAUAAUAAUUGUAGUAGCAGCUUGCAUGAGGUUUUGCAUGACAAAGCGGUCAUGAAUUUGAUCAAGGACACCAAGGCUGCGAUGGAGAUCAGGGCUUACAAGGAGUUUUCGGACAUGGUAUCGAGCAAUUCGGAUCAAGCGUGUUAUGGUGCGAAGAGCGUGGAGAUGGCGCAUGAGUUGAUGGCCAUCGAAACGCUGUUGAUCAUGGAUGAUUUGUUUGAGAGGGCAGAAAUCGGGACAAGGCAUAAGUAUGUAGGGUUGGUGAAGUCGGUGAAAGAGGCGGGAGGGAAGGCGAUUGUGUUUUCGGCAAAACAUGUGGCCAGAGUUGAGCUGGCCACCACCGGCAUUGCCACAACUUUGAGGUUUCCAAUGCCUGAUCUUGAUGAUGGUUUCGUAACAUAA